UGUUCAACACGUACACACGUAACACUACAACUGGGCUGAUGCCAGAUGUGCAGGAUUUAAUUGACUUCACAAACCACCGUUACUGAUGUUUUAUGACAAACCGAAGACCUGAAAGCAUAACAUUGAAGUUUGCAUUGAAACUACAUAAGUUAUUGCGACAGCGACAUAGUGUAUGGAAAAGGAUGCGAACGAAUAUCAGGUUAGAUUCCGUGUAGACUGAAUAUAUACCCAGGUCCCUGGUUUAAAAAGACAAGAAGAGAACAACUAAACAUGAGAAAAUACUUCCGAUUAAUCGGUCGCUUUUUCUUAAUAGCCUUAGGCAUCACAACGUAUUCGCUAAUUUCAGGAGUCGUUGAUCAAGGGUUGUAUCACAGCUCAGUCAGUGAGAGUGAUGAUAAGGGCUUAACGAAAAGGAAAGGUGAUCAAUUCCCUCGAGAAAACGUGCGAUGGAAAGAUUUAAACGUAGCCGAGAUGAAUCAACCAGAAAGUGCCGGAAAUUUGAAUGACACGAAAGAUAAGAUUCGGCAACAACUCGACCACAUUCACCUACUGAACAAAUUGAAGGAAUUUGAAAAAGGUGACAAGAUAAAGGGUGAGCCCCCAAGUGACGUGAAACGCGUUCCGGGAGUCGUUCAGGUGUCAAAAAACAAGGAAGUAAAUAUGGAAGUUGCGGACUUACCAUAUCCAUCGUUUGUGAAAUACAGUCCCGAGAAUGGCCCGGGAGAAUAUGGCGUGUCUUACAUUCCUGAACUUAACGCCACAGAGAAGAAAGUAAUGGACAAAAUGUUCCGUCUACAUUACUUCAACGUCUACGUCAGUGACAGAAUAUCCGUGCACAGGCGCCUGUUGGACACGAGGUCACAAGAAUGCAAGGAUAAAAUAUUCCGCACUGACCUGCCAAUGGCAAGCGUCAUAAUUUGCUUCAAAGACGAGGCAUGGUCGGUCUUACUUCGGACAGUACAUAGUAUCCUGGACAGAUCGCCAUCUCAUCUGCUGCAGGAGAUAAUCCUGGUCGAUGACUUCUCUUCAUCUGAUCAUUUGAAAGGACCCCUGGACAGGUAUAUGUCGGAUUAUCCCCUGGUGAAGAUUCUGAGGACAACAAAACGAGAGGGUUUGACUCGAGCUCGACUGAUGGGGUAUGAGGUCGCCCAGGGUCCAGUCCUUGUCUUCCUGGACUCGCAUGUGGAGUGUUUCCCAGGCUGGCUGGAACCUCUGUUGGAUCGUAUUGCCGAGAACCCGACGAACGUUCCUUUCCCGCAUAUUCCCUACAUUGAUAAGGACCACUUUGGCAGUUUCGCCUCCAUGGACAACCAAGUAGGGAUAUUCAAUUGGCAGAAUCUUAUAUACACCUGGAUCUUCAACCCAGAGAAAGUGGAGAAACUGCGCAAGUCCACCGCUGAUCCCCUAAGGUCAGCAACAAUGCCAGGAGGCCUGUUUGCCAUUGACAGGAACUACUUUACGACACUUGGCACUUAUGACCCUGAGCUCUUGUACUGGGGAGGUGAAAACAUGGAAUUAUCGUUCAAGGUCUGGAUGUGUAAUGGAACUAUCGAACUCAUUCCAUGUUCCCAAGUCGGACAUAUCUUCCGUCACCAGAACCCCAUCAAAUGGCGCCAUACGGGCAACAACGUUGUCAACAGAAACUGCAUGAGAGUUGCAGAGGUGUGGAUGGACGACUACAAGGAAUUCGUAUACGAUGCCUCCUUUCCACGAGCAGAUUUUGGAGACAUAUCGGACAGAAAGCGAUUGAGGGAGAGUUUACGUUGUCACGACUUCCGGUGGUAUAUGAAGAAUGUAUUCCCGUUUCCGGAGCCUGUGAAAUCCAUAGCAGCUGGAGAAAUACGUAACGUGGCGAAACCUAUUUGCCUGGACAGCAUGGGCACAACAAUGAAACCGGGCGUCUUUGGCUGCCACGGCCAGGGUCAAAACCAGUGGUGGCAGGUGAGGGAGGAUGGGACUAUGGGGUCAGCUAUGCAGAACAUGUGCCAUGUGGAUGGUACUCUCGUGUUGAAGGAAGGGUGCCCAGAACAGUCGUGGUCUUACGACAAGAAGAAUCAAACCCUGCUGCACAGCCCCUCUAACAUGUGUUUACAAGUGACCGUGAAUCUCAAACUGACGCUCGACAGAUGUUCGGGAACGUCAUGGCAAAAAUGGAUAGUGCCAUUGAAGGAUAAACAAUCAAAGCAUUAAGGCGAUGGUUCGUGUCACCUUGGACGCUGUGGAUAGUGUAUCACGGUAAACUCUGGAUAGUGUCUCAUGGUAAACUGUGGAUGGUGUCUCAUGGUAAACUGUUGAUAGUGUCUCAUGGUAAACUGUGGAUAGUGUCUCAUGGUAAACUGUGGAUAGUGUCUCAAGGUAAACUGUUGAAAGUGCAUCAUGGAAAACUGUGGAUAGUGUCUCAUGGUGAACUGCCAUAUGUGAUAUGAGAACUAUGUUUAUCAAAUGAUGUCACAUUGAAGUCUGCUGAUGAAGACCUUAUUGCCAUCCAAGGAGGUCUCCAGGUGUUUGUCAUGGUAAAUACAGGUGACUGGAGGUGCAGGUUUAACAUAACAUGUGUAGGCAUGAAAAAUAAAUUAAGCCAGACAUCUGCCACGCAUUGGAAUAGUCGUUAUCCAGGAAACAUUGGACGUCUCUCCCAUGAACUUGACCUUCUCAUGUUACGUGUAUGGUUCCAGCUAUCCGUUCCGCGAAGAAUUGAUGUUACCAUUGCAUAUUACUCUGAUUGGUCUGAUCUCGAUCACGUGACAGUCAUUUGAAAUCCGAUACAUUGUUUUGAUCGUUCAUACUCUCCAGUAGUUGCGCAGGAAAUGGACGCUAGAACAUUUGCUGGUGGUACCUAGAGACUUCAGUUACCUUCAUGUCACCACACAAUGAACGUAAUCAGUUAUAAUACUAUCGCUUGUUUCGCAGCUAUAUGCCUAUAUCUGUACAGUUUGCAUAUUACUGCAAUAAAGACAAGUAUAUAUUCCGUCUUUAGGGUAGAGUAGUUACUAUUUGAUUGAAAUCAUGAAAUAAGCAAAUAGACAACACUUAUUGAGAGAUAUAAUAAACUGGCACCCACGAAGACACCGAAGAAAAUGCGUUAUAUUGUCAGUUGCAGACAUAGAUAUGGCUGAGAUAAAGGUCAGUCUGCAAGGAUGGGAUUGAUAUGGCCACGGGCAGUAGUGCCCACCAUUGGCCUCAACACACCCUGCACACGACGUCUUGGAGAGUUAGUUAGAUUUGGAUAACGUCCCUCAGUAUUUGGCGCCAAACUUCUCCGACUGGCACAUCUGUUUGCAGGAGGGUUUGGUCUUGUUCUAAUCUGACAAUCAAGAGCGAGCCGACCGAUGCAUAACGUUAACGUUGUUGACCUGCGAAAGUGACGGACAGUACGUGCCUUAUGUGGUCUUGCGUAGUGAUGUUGAAACAAGACCUAGUUGUUCUGAUGUUGGAAGGGAUGUACAACUGGGCGCCAUACAUCAUAGCGUUAACGUAGGGAUAUGGGAUUAUCUUUCAACACAGCAAGGUUCUUCUUUCCUGACUACAAUCCCUGGUCCAUAUCAUUACGGUGCCACCUCCAUAUGAUACGCAAAACCCUCGGUUCCAAAUAAAAAUAAGUGAUAUCUACUCUACAGUGGGACUACAUCAAAUUUCAAAACACAGUAGGUUCUUUUCCUAAUUAUUCUAGUUUUGGAUAUAUAUCUGGUCGAUCAGUCGACAUAGAUACCGUGGGAACAAAAUUCGAAUCGGCUUUGGUGUGGCACGUUUGUACAGGUCACUUGUUAAUGUCAAAACGGUUCUACUUCAAAAAGGCCCGAGGUCCAGGAUCAGGAUGGACACGAUGUCCUAUAGACCGAGACUUCUGCAUGAACAUGACGGCUAUAAAGCAUAUUUAAAACCACUCUUAAACUUUACAAGAUCAUCAUAAAUCCCUCUAUUGUGAACAAAAUAUGAAAUGUGAAACAAAACUCUUUGGUUAGAUAUGUUCAAUUAAAUGGGUUAAAAUGUUGUGAGUUAUAAAUGUAAUUGAUUAAAUCAACAUAUUUACACCACACAAAACGUGUGUCAUGACUUUUUAAAGACAGACAUUAUUUUUGCAGACAUCUUCUAAAACACGUAGAACAGGGACUAACAUAGGGUUUCAAAAAGACAAUUGGGAAAUAAACAUAUAAUUUAUUCCAAACAUGCACAAUUAAACAUUACAGCCUGUUUCUGUAAGCAGUUAUCUAUGCAAAGCAAUUACAAUAGUAAUAACUAUCAUUAAAUGACAAUAUUUAAAUUUGAAAUUGGGAUUCUUUUUAUUAAGACCUCGAAAUUCAGCCUAUGAACCUGUCUAGAUAUAUCCCUGUACUGGCAUUUUAUAUAUCUGGAAACUACCAGUGAAUUAGAUGCUAGUAUUGAUUUCAUUGACAAUAACUGGUCACCUGUAAUAAAUAAUUUCUCAAAACAUUAUUCUCCUGUUUCUGCCAUUACUUUAUAUUUAACAAAAUAUAUCAUUCUCUGACUUGCCUUACUUAUUCAACCUGAAUAUCCGUUAAUGAUUUAUUCUCAGAACACAUCAGGAUUCCUGUGCAUUUGUGCUAUGCAUUGACAAACAAAACCUUUGUUCAACUGGAUACCAUAACAUCAAUCUUUUCCGUCAUAUGUCAACGGGAACGGGUGAUCUCAGGAUGUUUUCUUUAAGAAGAAAUAGUAAUCUCAUUUGGGUCUUAAACCUUGUACAAUAGAUUACACAUGAAAAGAAAAGAAACAUCCUUUUGUUAUUUCUCCCCAAUAGAUAUACAAUUGCAGAAACAAUAGAAUUGAAUGUCCAGUUAGUGGUAAUA